AUGAACGAGUUAUUCGGAGACUACGAGGGGAUGGAAGAAUGGCACAGCUGGGGCAUAGACUACGAAGGCGAAGCUUCCAUGAUCCCUGGUGUUGGUGGAUCUUUCAUUUAUCCUGGCAUUGACGACUUUGACGCCUCAUGGACUAGUCAGCCCUUCGGCUCUGGAUCGAUUGGAAGAGAGGCAUCUUCCCUGGACGGAUUCGCGGGCUAUGACCUGCGCGGCUUCUCUGAACCGAACAGGCACCAUCGGACGGAGUCUCUUCGCCAUAAUGAGACAAUACCGCACACUCAAGACGCAUGGUCUACCCACGUUGCACUCCCAUUGACGAUUCACAGGCAUGCAUCGGCCAGGGUGGGUCAUCCUUCGACAUCUGCUGCGUUAAGUCCACCAAUGCCGCGCCUCUCUUCUGAGUGGUCGCCCGAGUACCAGCUUCCAGAGGCGACGUGUGUUGCUGCAGAUCCCAGUGCCUCGGCGAACCUGUCAUACGCGCCAGCAGAAGCCCAUUGGUCCAAGGCGCACGUACGCUCUGAUCCGCCCCUAACAGACUACGGCAACGGCUUGAUGCCGCGUCGGAGGACGCGAAGGUCUGAUGACGAUGAGUAUACCGCGUCCUGGAUCCGAGGUGAUGGCAAUGAUCGAGCAGGAUGGUGUGGUAUCUGUCGUUCCUGGUAAGCGACUCGUUUGCGGCUUUAUACGCCUCGCUAAUCGUCCGUUGUGCAGGCACAAACUCAAGAAUUCCGCUUACUGGUACCAUAUGCACUAUUUCCAUGGUAUUAGUUGUGUCACCGGAAAGCCUUUCGACAAGCCUCUGAGCUGGAGGCAAGCCCAAGGAUCGACUGGAUGGGAGGCUCUAUGCGGAGGCUGCAACCAAUGGGUCAGCGUUGGUCGCGCCGACCGUGCCACGACUCCUUACUAUCGACACGCCUACCGAUGCCAGAUCAAGGAUAACCCAGCCUUGACAAGGAGCCAAAGCCUCGCCAAAAGUAGAUCUCCUGGACGCUAG